AAUUUCUCAUGAAAACUAAUAAUAAUUCAAGUGUGUCAAGCGAUUCUACAUCAAGCCAAGAAAUAUCUAAUAUCGAAGCUCAUAUCAAUAAUAAAAAGUUUACAUUAGUAGUUUGGAAUAAUUUUACUUUGAUAAAAUUCGCUGAUUCUAGUCCAAAUAAGGCAAAAUACAAUCAUUGUGAAAAAAGAUUUUCUUAUAAACGUUCUUCAGGCACUUCACACUUAUAUCGGCAUUUAAAAACUUGUAAAAAAUAUAAAAUAACUACUGCCGGAUCAAGCUCUUUGGAUGAUUAUCAUAAUAAAGACAAUCAAAUGCAAUAUAUAUCAAACCAAGCUAAAAGUUGGGUUUAUUCUGAAGAAAGAAUUGAUUUCAAUGUUGAACCUUUUCAAAACUAUUGUUUAGCACAUAUUAUAAAUCUCAUUGUUCAAAAUGGUAUUAAAAAAAUUUCAAACAUUGUUAAAAAGCAUUUAUAUAUUAAUACUUCUAUUGAAAGUAAUGAAGGCAAUUUAACCAAUUCUGAUUAUCAAUUUGAUGAAGACUAUUAUCAAUAUGCGUCUAAAAGAUUAUAUCAAAAUGCAAAUAAUCUUUAUGAAAUAGCUAAAGAUUUUUUAGCUAUCCCAGCAACAAGUGUGCCAUCAGAGCAAAUUUUUAGUUUAGCUGAUAGAAUUAUUGAUGAUAACCAACCUUCAAAUUUGAUAACACUAUUAACAAAAGAAGAACCACUUUAUUCAACAAAACCAAUUACAAAAGGACAACAAACCUCCAAAUUCGACAACAUCAACGACGAAAAUUCAACAACACCAACGAAAGAAAAACCUCUGAAUUCAAUGACACCAAUAACGAAAGAAGAAUCUCCAAAUUUGAUGACACUAUUAACAAAAGAAGAACCACCUUAUUCAACAAAACCAACUAUAAAAAAAGAACAAUGA